CUAUCACGGGUGGCAUUUAAGCUCCCAAGCAUCGAACAUGAAAUAACAAAGCAUCGUGCACAUAAGGUUAUCAUUAACUAAAGAGUUGUUCCACACUAAAACAAGAGUAGAACACACUAGAGCAUGUCGAGUGGCGCAUGUGAACGUUAUUCCUUUGUGAAGUGAGCCAAGAGCUCAACAGGUAACAAUGCGCUCCAAUUCAGACAAGACCCGAUCAUCCAACAUAUUAAGUGCUCAACAUUUUGUCCUCUAAUUUUGAAAAAUGGCAAUUGGCAAGGGAGCCACCUAAUUAUCAUUAACGAGUGAUCGGCAGAUUUCUCUUUCCACAACCGAUUAGUACUACUCUGGGCAAAAAUUUCAACAAGUUUUAAAAAUUUUGAGUUUCAGAAAUUAAGUGGUGUGAAAAUGUCAUCGCUAGGUGCAGGGAAGGGUUUUUUGGAAGUGGGGAAGUUCGCCAUCUAUGUCACUGUGCCAAUUGUUCUCAUUUAUGCUUUCGCCAACAACACCAAGAAUCUCCAGAAAUUCAUGGGCGGUCGUUCUUAUGUGGUGUAUCCACCCGAGGGACCAAGGCCUCCAUCACCAGAGGAAAUGCGAGAGAUGGCUCGUGAACUCGCUCGUAAGAGGAACAACCCAUAAUCUCCUUACACACAAAACUUGAAUGGAUGCUAGUGCCACUCUAAUAGGAUGGCUAGAGAAGCUCCAAGUUUGACUGUUUCUACUCUCAACAAGCCAAUUGAAGCUCUUCCCAGUUCUCUAUAAUCAUUCGGAUAUGUACCCAUAUGUGUAGUGUUAAUUUAUUUACUAUUUAGUAUGAUUAUAUAAAGGAAAAUUUAUUUUAAAAAAUCCAAUCUUUAGGUGGUUAUUUUUUAAAAAUCUCAAUUAUUUUAGAAAAAUCCCACCUUUCACACGCAUUUUCAUAAAGGACUUAUUAGUUUUUACCACCUAUUAUAACAGGUUAAUUUCAAAAAGUAAAAGAAAAAUAAAUAAUUUACCAUGUGUCUUAUUGUGGUUGCUCCUUAUAUUUUUUUGUAAUUAGAAAAAUAUAACUAAAAAAAUUGAAAACCUAAAAAAUUGCCUUUCAUCUACCUUUCUUCAGCAUCACUUCCAUGGCUCCAUGACUCCAUUGCGACAUACCCUUGAAACCUUUAAUGUUGUUCCCUCCACAAAGUAGGGCCACCACCACUGCUCAUCCAGCCAUACUGCCGCCGCCAAACCCUCACCCACAACUACCUCAAUAGUUGCUAUCUUUAAAUUGUCACCCGCACCCUUUUUGAGUCUGCAACAACCCACCCCUAUCAAAACACCCAAGGAUGAUUCACACAUUACAAUUGAGACUUUUUUGUUCCAAAAACAACAAAAUAAAACCGGAUUAAUUAACCUUAUGUGAGAUCAACAGUUAAAUAAGCAACAAAAAUUGAAAUUCAAACACUCUAAUUCAACACAAAUACUAAUUCAAUCCAAUAGUACAAUGAAGAUUACUUUCAAAACUUAAAUAGUCAACAUUACAAUACCAAUCCACAACAAAUAAGUAGAAAUUAAAGAUGAGAAUGUUUUGUUAAAAGUAAACUCCAAAUUAUCGAUAAUAAUUGUGACGUUAAAGUUCAUUAACAGAUCUGGCUAGAGGAAUGGGAAGGUGGGAAGUGGUGGUUUUUGGUUUGUCGACGUCAGAUAUGGAGGGGAGUGGGGUGGUGGUUUCACCGAUGUUAAUGGAGUGGAUGUUAGCAUGGAGAGGGGGUAAGGUGGUGGGGAGGUAGAAUGAAUAUUUUUUUUCUUUUUAUUUUUUUUUCUUAGUUUUGUUAAUUUGGAAAAAAAAAAUAGAUCUUAACCUGUUAAAUAGGUUGGAGGUCAUUUUGUCCUUUAGAAGCAAAUCCAAGUGAAAGGUGGAAUUUUUCAAAAAUAAUUAAAAAUUAGAAUUUUUAAAAGAUAAUCACCUAAAGGUUGGAUUUUUAAAAGUAAAUUUUCCUUAUAUAAAUGGGAUAAAAUUCAUUUUAUGUUUUAUGAGUUGAUGUAGUAGUUAAAAAUCAGGGUUCAAUUGUUUUGAGCACUUUGAAAAAAUAAAAAAUAUUCAACAUACUAAGAUUCGAACUCAGAUCA